CAGAUUGUUUAUGACUUCAUUUCCGGGAGCUCUGUCAUUGAGAAACAUGGCGGCGUCCACUGGUGUUGCGGACGGUGCUUCUUCAGACUUGCACGGUUCUGUCUCAUCUGGUCCAAGUAUGGAGAACCCUACGGUUCAGUACAGUAUGGUUCUGGACCACCUCAUCGGGGACAAGAGGCAAAUUAAGGAGCUGAGCCCCGGUGUGAUGGGCGGACUGCCUGUGCCUGUUAAGAGCGACGAGCAGAAGAUGAUCGAGAGAGGCAUGGAGAGCUGCGGCUUCAAGACGGUGCUGGCAUGUGUGGGAGGUAAGAAGACAUGAUCAUAAAAGCUUAAAACACCAUUUGCCCGUCUCCACUAAUAUAUGAUUUUAUUUUAAUACGAACUUCCGCUGUAGUGCACCUAUUCUGGUGUCAGAGCAUUAAGCUUAACUACUAUUACAUCCCAGGAUCAAACAACAGCCUGACAAACAGUACAGCAUAGAGAAACAACAUGAGCAGUUUCAUAUCUGAUCAUCACCAGUGUAACUACUAAAUGGAACAGUUUUACAACUGAAGAAUUGUGGCCUAAGUGUUGACAAUGCUGGGUCAGGACUUUAAAUGUGUUGAAAUAACUAAAAAACAUCAUCUGUUUGUGUGUCUGGAUUUCACUGUUGUGAUCCUCUUCAGAGAAAGAAGUUCUGGUUGAAUAAAUCAAGCUUGUUUUCUUGAAUCUUGUUUUUCACAGGUUUCGUUCUUGGAGGAGCUUUUGGUGUUUUUACAGCUGGCAUUGAUACCAAUGUUGGCUUCGACCCCAAGGACCCUUUAAGAACCCCAACAGCACGAGAAGUCCUCAAAGACAUGGGCCAAAGGGGGAUGUCAUAUGCAAAGAACUUUGCUAUAGUGGGCGCCAUGUUCGCCUGCACAGAAUGCAUCAUAGAAUCGGUAGGUCACAUCUAGGGCUGGGCAAUAAGGGAAAAAGUUUAUCAUGAUAUAUAUUUUUUCAGAUCAGUCGAUAUUGAUAUGUAUAUCCUGAUAUAAAACUGAAAUUUAACAGUGCUUGUUAGUAGCAUGUCUUUUGCAAUACAACAAGCUACUGCAUCUGUGAGGUCUUUGUGUCUCUUCGACAUUUUGUCAUAAGGCGUUGCUCUAGAGAAAGUGGACUGUUUCGGCUGCACAGGUGCCAAAAAAAAAAAACCUCCACACCACUGACAUUUUCGUGCCAGUGUUGUCGACAAUGUCAUCGUCUGUUGAGCCUUCAUCUGCAUUUCUGCCAGGAGUAGCACCCUUUUUCUUUUUUUCUCACCAUCAAUGCAGUCAGUUUCAUGUGUUAAAGUGCUAUGGUUGCGUGUAGCUGCAGCCUGCUACUACGCAGUUGUUUGCUACUUGGUUCUAAUUCAGCACAAUUGGUUCAGUGCGACGCAAAACUGGAGCAACUCCCCUUUUCAUUGGCUAUUCUCAUAGUCUGCCAACAUGGCAGAAUGCCAACUAUCAGAAAGGAUAUUGACCAUGUUUUAUAUCGAAAUUUAUUUUCGACAUGUAUCGUUAUUGUUUUAUCGCCAAGCCCUAGUCACAUCACUUAUUUUCAUCAUGGGUUCAUCAUUCAGGGCUGGUCUUUGAUAGUUGAAGUACUGAUGAUGGAUACCACAAAGCUCCAGAAUUGUUUUGAAACUUUGAACCCUGCUAAAACUGAAGAGCACCAUGGUUUAGAUAUGUUCCUACACAUUGACUAUGUUGUCACAUUUACAUAAUAAAGUAACAAAUUAUGUGAGAGGGUUGUUCAGCAAAAGGACCUAAAUAAAAUCAAAAGGUAAAAUGAUUUGAUUUCACCCUUCACUCAGUGAGAAAACAUAAUUUUGGCUAUUGAUGUAAAAUGGAAGCAGAGAAACUCAUAAACUCACCACUACCUUUGGUACAAAAAAAAUCACUACUUUCAUGUUAGUUUUACUGUCACGUUAUUUUAAUACUGCACUAAUUGUGCCCUAAUAGGCUAUUUGCUUUAGGAAACUAACCUUUGUUACUUUUGUCAAAUUUCAAAUACCAGUACACUCAUUUUAAUUAAACUGUUCAUCAAAAUGACUUGAGAGGAGUACCAGAUUUGUGUCAUUUUGGCAGAUCUAGUUUGAUACACUGACAUUAUCAAACAAACACCCUUCUAAUAGCUCGAUUCAAAAAUCUUAUUUGUUACCUUAAGAUCCUUCAGUAUCUAAUUUUGACCUAAAUGAAACGUUAAGGAUGUCUCCAUGGAUACAGAUUCUCUUAAAUACUGUUAAACAGUGCCAUCUGGUGCCAGUUGUGUUUUGUCGAGAAUUUUCAAACUGAUAUUGUGCUUCUUGCUAUGAUUUACAGCUACCCUUAUUUCAACUUGUAACAUUCAUUAGUCAUUGUCAUUAUUUCAAAUUUUUCCCCUCUGCUUUGACUUAAUAAAACUUUACCCGUUUUAAUUUUUUGAUUUUUAGCAUCGAGGGAAAUCUGACUGGAAGAAUGCAGUGUACAGCGGUUGUGUAACUGGAGGAGCCAUUGGAUUUCGUGGUAUGUAAAUCUGCUUAAUGUAUUCAAAAAUGUCAAUUUCAUGUUUUCCUUUUCUUCACACCUUUUCCUUUUGUUCUGUAGCGGGUCUAAAAGCAGGAGUGCUGGGAUGUGGAGGCUUUGCUGCAUUUUCUGCUGCCAUUGAAUAUUAUAUGCGGUGAAAGACAAAAAGACGCCCCAUGAACAUAGACGUCAUAAAUGCACAUCUGGACAAGCCAAUUUUAAGAUUUUAGAUGGAGGAUCGAUGCAACAGUGGACUCUUCACAUUUGGCUAAGGAGACAGGAUCCUACAGGUGCAAAGUGGGGUGCAGCAAUGGCAAAAUGGGCUUGAUCGUUUGUGCCAGCAUCUCUUUAUUUUUGUCUUAUGGACAGUUCAGGCAGGGCCAAAGGACUUGUUGUGGAGAAUCUCAAGAAACUCAGCAGUGUUCUGCUUCUUUGUUUAAGGAACAAUGAUGGGAAUAAAAAUGUGUACAUGAAUUACAAUUGUUGUUAACAACGUAACUGUUCUGAGUAGCAGACACUCUAACCAGACUAGAAUCAAUGCUGUUCAUGUUUUAGAACCUUAUGUGUUAACAACCACUCUACAUCAGGAUUAUUUAUGAAAACAGAUGCUUUGACAAUGGGUUUAGGAGUUUUUUUUCUUUAAAUUAUCAAAUGCACAUGAUACAUAAUUGUAACUCAUCUGUAAGAAGCCAUAGAAGCUGGAAUCAAUGGUGGGUAAAUAUCUUGCCUCUGCUCUAGUCCUAGUUUUGUGUAAUUAUUGUUUUAAUGAUCAUAUUUUUAUCAGAAUUUUAGAACGUUAAUACACGCAUACAUAAAUAUGGAUAUUAUUCACAUGCAACGAUAUAGAAUAAAAAUGAAAACAAAUUGCAAAAAACAUUAGACAAGUAUACAUAUAAGGGACAGAAAUAGUCCUUAAAAACUAAACAGAAAAAAAAAAUACCACCUUGAUCUCUGGUUGCAACAAAAAUCCUAACAUGAAAAAUCUUAAUCUGGUUACAGGUUCUCUGUCUGUGUGACUGAAUAAUAAAGGAUACAGAUUCAGAUUACUCAUUUCAAACAUGCAUUCAAAUACAGAAGUAAACAUACAUGUGAAAAAUCUCAUACUAACAAUAAAUCAAGUUGUUUAAAUUGCCUAUAAAUAACAGACAACUGAACAAGACUGUCAUGUGAACGAAAAUGCUCACGUUUUGGAGCUCUAAAGGAGAUACACAUUUACAUUUCAACAAAUGUAGCCCGAAACUAUUUUCUUUGUUUAAAAAAAAAGAAAAUAAAAGGUUUUCCUUGGUGGUUUCAAGCAGGUUUGCUCUGUCCUUAAAAUGAUAAAUAUGUCAAACAUUUAAACUUAUAAAGUGUUUGUGUUAAACCAGAAACCACGAGAGGUAAUCUUACAGCUGGGUCAAACGUUGGGGCUGGGUGACCACCAGGGGGUGCAACAAGCUCAAACUUCAGAAGUUUUCAGGUCCAGGUGAGAAGAAAGAGAGGCAGAGACAUAAUCACCUCAUCAAUUGCAGAAGAUGUUGUGGAUACUUAAAAUGCACCAUGAAAGGCAUAUUGGCAAAUAAAAGAGAAGUAUAAAAGAC